UGAAUUGAUCACCUCCACCAUGUUUUGCUCUUUUCUCCACUGACAUUUCAUUCUUUUUCUCUCUCUCUUUUCUUUUUGUUGAUAUGAGUUCAGGUUCAGCAGGAACCAGUGGCGGCGGCGGCGGUGGUGGAUCGUUUAAUGCAUUCUUCGAGGGUUGGAUGGUCCGCCAUGAGCAUUACCUGGAAGAGUUACUCUCAGUUCAACAACGUAAUGAAUCACAAGAAGAUGAUCUCAAGGACCUUAUAAAACGAGUGCUCUCCCACUACCAACAGUACUUCGAGGAAAAAGCUCGCUUAGCGCAACGCAAUGUUUUCCUUGUUUUUUCUCCGACAUGGUUCACUUCCUUGGAGUGUGCCACUCUUUGGAUAACGGGUUUCAAGCCCGGGUACGCGUUGAGGCUCGUGUCCGAAUCGGUUCAAGACCUAUCUCGAGAGCAAAGCCAGAGGUUAAGACUGCUAAUGGAGGAGACGAGGGUUGAAGAGAGGGUGCUUAAUGAAGAGUUGGCUAGGGUUCAAGAGACCUUGGCGGCUCCUCCGUUGCUCGAGAUGGUUAGGAAAAGAGCACGGAGGAUGGAUGCGGCGGAGGGCGUAAGAGAAGAGGCGGCUGCGCUGGCCACGUUGAGGAAGGCGUUGGAGGAAGUGGUGGCCGGAGCUGAUUUGUUGAGGAUGAGCAUCACAUUGAAGGUGGCGGAGAUACUGAAACCGGAGCAGAACGUGAGGUUUUUGACGGGGGCGACACGAAUGUUCCUUGAGCUUAGGAAUUUGGGGCUGCAAAAGGUGGUAAGAAAGAGGAAUGGAAUGGUUUUGAAAGGAAUAUAG